CCCCCCCCCCCCCCAGUCACCCCUGCUGGCCCCGUGUCGCUGACGACAGUGACGACCGACACGACGCCAGGACGCUGGAAUGCGUGAACGCCGAGGACCAGCGGGCACUCGCGGUGGGACACGCGUGUAACGUGUAGCGGGCGCGCACGCACACGCUAUUGACAAUUGACACGACACGCGCGUGAGCGCGAGCGCACGUGCGUGCACGCACACGCACACACCCUGGCAUACACGCGCGCGACGAUGCGCCGACGAGCUCCAUCCGCCUCGUCGUUGGGAGGAUGCGCCGACCCGUGACCUCGUCGCCGGCGGGACUCCGGGCCUGACGAGUGCGUGACGACCCCGGGACGUCGUCGCCGAGCGAGGAACUCCGGAAGCGGGAUUUCGAGAGAAGCUUUUUGGGGAGAGCAAACUCAACGCUGAACGGAUCAGACAGAGUAUACAAUAUUCGUCUCGAGACGAAUGCGAGUUCUCGCCUUGGUCGAGGAGAGUGUAAACAAUAUAGGAAGAGCAUUGCCCGAUAAUAGAACGUUAAAUCCAGGAUGAUUUUACUGCGCUGAGAGGGGAUAGGAGAGUACCGGACUGAACGUUUGCCACUGGAGAGAAUCCCCGGUGUUUACCAGCGCGAGCAAAUUCACUAUUGGUGAACGGCGGGUGUAAAUAAUAUUCAUUGGAAGAAAAUGUGUAAUGUCAGAGUGAUACAAUAUAGAGACAUAGGUGGCCAAUACAGAGCGAUCGAUUAUAACAGACUAUUGUGUAUCUCGCUUAGUUGAUGUACGGAACGUUACCUUAGAGACGUUUGUCUAGACGCUUUUAUUGCAUAUCCUUAGUCACGCUCUGUUGGAAAUUAUCCGGUGUUCACAAAACUGCAAAAUUUAAUGAGGCCGAAGGUGCCUCAAAAGAGGGGAAACUUUCUUUUGAGAAGGUACAGCGUUCUACAAUUGACUUCAACGAACAAUGAACCAUUCGGGAAGCGGAAAACGUCAGGCGAAGGUUUUGGAAGAAAAUUAUUGGGACUGCAGUGUCUGCACUUAUAGGAAUACAGCGGAAGCAUUUAAGUGCCUCAUGUGUGACGUCCGCAAAGGAACCUCUACGCGGAAACCCCGCAUAAACCCCCAAUUGGUAGCUCAACAGGUUGCGCAGCAACAAUAUGUACCACUUCUGAAACCGGGCAAGAAAGAAGGGAGUGGCGGUAGUACGACCAGCGGCGUCAAGGAGAAGGAACGCAAACUGGAUAAACUGAGGCGCAAAAACAGGCAUCCGCCGCGUCUGAAAAAUAUCGACCGUAGCACCGCGCAAUCGAACGAGGUAACGGUCAACAAUGUUACCGUCACUAUCACGGAGUAUAAGCCCAAGGUGAAGAAGGGUUCGGAUCAGUCGAGCAACGCGAGCUCCGAAGGCGGGAGCCAGCACGACUCGAAUCAGGACUCGAGAAGUCUCGAUGUAGGAACCGACGCCUAGUUUAAUGCUAAUGUUACAUAUGUGUGUAUGAAUUAUUCUAAUUAAUAUAUUGUCAUGUAUGUCAACCUCUAUGGUCAACUGUACAUCCUCUAGACAAGCGCGACCAUUGUUGACAGUCGUUCUUCUCUCGUUUGACUAUGCGUCGCAAGUUGUAUGACGAACUCAACGAGGUCAGGCAGUUUAUACUGUCGGGGAUAUUAUUGACUGAGCAUGAUUCGUAUAGCAUUAUUCAAGGAAAACAGAAUAGGGAUAUAUGUACAUUGUAUAUCACUGUUUUACUCGUUGCACAAAAUAUUGAAUAAUUUGCAUCGCUUCUCUACGCGUUUUUUUUUGCGAAAAAAUCAAUGUACUUAAAAGAUGCUUACUUUACAGACGUCGUUCUUUUAUCCUGCAAUAUUCAUUGAAUUUAUUUAAAAUGUCUAUCAACGUAUUCUGCGGUAGAUUUAAAUGCAAAAAUAGGGAAGAAAGCAAACUGUAAAUAUCAGUGAAACGGAAUUUUACGAGUCAUUGUUGAUUAUAUUGAAUUACGGUUUUUAUUGAAUUUACGAGACCACUGCCAGAAGAAAGCGCGUCGAAAGGCGAUUAUUGUUCGGAAUUUGUGAGCAAGACUAACGACGUGCGACGAUAUAUCUAUAUCUGUACAUACAUAUAUGGAUAUAUAGAUAUCGAUCGCAUUGUUGAUUUUCUUUCCAUUCAAUUACCAGCACGACUGGCACUGGUAAAUAUGUACAUCUAAUUCCAUUCUAAUUCGUCACUGAGAUGAAUUUUCUUGAAACAUAAAAUACUUAAAUAAUGAAAAAUUAUUUUACUGAUCUCCAUGUGAUUCGCUAAUUUAUUCUGCAUUUUUAUCAAGCACAGUUAAAUUCAUUGAUUUAUAAUAUGCCCAAAAAUGUUUAAUCGCAAUUGUAUGUACAGAUCGAACGUAAAAUUUCAGAUAUGUAAUAUACAUGUACUUCGCGUAUUGAAUAAUCAAAUAACGCUCGCUGAUAAAAAAAAGAAAGAAGAUAAAAUUUUAUUUUCAGCGAAUAAGCGAAGACUGUAGAAUAAAAAGACGUAACACUUUCUUUAAAAAUGCAAAUGUGCAUACACACAAAACAAAUUGUUGAACUUAUUUUUACCACAUUUGUAACUGCCCACCAAUUUUCAUAACAGUAAACACCUGUAUUUACUCAAAAUUAAAUGCAGCUGCAAGGACCAUGGCAAUUUAAAUAAACGGAUAAAAUGGAACAGAAAAGGUUUCUAACAGAACAACAUUGUUAAUAUUACGCUCGAUAAAUAAAUUCUAAUUCUACACUAUCGAGAUCAUUGUAGUAUGAUUCUGCAUUAAAAAUGAAAGUAAAUGUAAGAACCUAUCAGUAUCAGAGUAAUUAAGCGAUUAAUAAGAUAAAUCAAGGAUUAUAUACUCGAGGAACAAAUAAUAUCGCCAAGUAUUUGGUAAUAUUAAACUGUAAAAAGAAUCCUCACGACUGUCCCCCCCCCCCAGACUUGCUUUCUCGGUAUCGUCGAUAUCUUGAAUUCUUAAUCAAACGAAUUGUUGCGUAAGACCAUGUAGCUUUUACAAAUGGAUUUCUAAUCGACAAAUAAUCAGGUCAUCAACCACUUUUAAAGAAACAAUCACACGCAAAUGAUAUUUUUACAAUUUUGUGGAAUUGUAUAUGUUAUACAAAUUCUUUUUGUCGUACAUGUGUAACCUGUUUAUUUUUACAUUGCGCAAAUCUACCUGUAUUUUAAUAGAACAUGAGAAUUUCGAGUAAACGUAUUUUGAAGUCUGUACAAAAUUUUCGAAUUCUUUUGAAUUAACGCAUUCGGCAUUUCUAAGUGCAUAUUAUAAUCUCUUGUUCAUUCGAUAUUAAGUAAAUGCUGUUGCCCACUACAAAUUUAUGGCACUGCGAAUCAGGGGAGCCCGCUUUAUUAAAAAGAUAUUUUUCUUUUUACGAAACGAUCUCUCCAGAACGUUAUAUUGAUUAUUCGUACAAUGUAAAAA